AUGUCAAUUCUCACCUUCCUGGAAGCGUUGCUGAAUACUCACCUCGGGAUUAAUAACUUUCCAAAUAACAUCGUGUUGGCUUCGGUCUGGAAUUCCGACAGAACUGGGCCGACAAGCAUCGGGCGUCACUGGGCCGAAGCGAACGUGUGUCGCCCGAGUGCCGCCCAAAUAAGGACGAUUGGUCGGGAGAUUGUAACAUCGGAGACUGAUACAGUGUCUAUGAACUUUCAAGAUUAUGGCUUCGUUCGCCAGGGAUUUCCGCGACCCUUCCCGGGCACGCCUUCAAAUGUGAUGGAACAGCUUCGGCUAUACAAUAAGGUAGCCGUGAUUACCGGCGGAGCAGAUGCAACUGGAUUUGCCGUUACAGAGGCGAUGGCAGACGCCUUCAUAGUGAUCCGCGGACCACUACCUACUUAG